UAUCAAAGCAUUUAUGUCUCAAGAUCUUUUCUCCAAUGAACCAAAGCUCAAUACUGCUAAUGAUGUGGAAUAAUAUAUCAAGACUCUUUAGCAAUAUCAGGACUCUUGUGAGAAAUCCUCAGAAUAUAUGCAGGCAGAUGCUGCUCAGAAGAGAAUUGUGGAGUUGAAGAAACAGUUGGUUUAAAGAAGGAGAAAAGAAAUGCAAUAAGCACACAGCCAAUAAGAACAAGAAAUCGAAAGGGCUCAUCUUGACGAUUUUAACUAAUUUAACCAAUUCUGGGAUUAGAAGAUGUAAACAUUUAAUGAUGAAGCUUCAGCUGUAGAAUAGGAAUUAUUAAACAAAUAAUAAAAUGAAUAUAAUAAAGUCUCGGAGGAAUUAGAAAGCACAAUCUCCUAAAAACCUAAAGAAUCUUCUGAUGUUCUCAAUCUCAAAAAAAGAGAAGAAUACUUGGCCAAAUAAAAGAAGUAUCCAUUUCUAUAAUUUUUUGUUAUGUUGAGGCUCAGAAAAUUAAAGAAUAGAGACUCUAAAUUGAGGAUGCUGAUUAUUAGAAAUACCAAAUCGAAAGGGCCAAUAAAAUUACUACCCAGUUGAA